GUGAAUUGUUGUCAUUGUUCUAGAUAUUCUACGAAGACUUUUUAUAUCAAAUGCCGGUCAAAUGCCACUUGAAUAUGUAGAAAAACAUAGAUUGGAGAUAUGUGUCAAAGAUGGGCUUUCACUGUUAGAGGCUAGGAUCACAUGGCAAUGGCAACCAGAAGGUCCAUUAAUAAAGAUGAAAAUUUUUAUAAAAGAGUACUAAACAGAAGUCAUCAAAGGUUUUUGGAAGACCUUGAUCCAGUAUCCGUGUUGGAUUUGUUCUUGGAGAAGAAUUACCUGCUAUACACACAAGUGCGCGAUAUUCAGGAGCAGAGAUUAACUUCUGACAAGACUAGAGAGAUAAUAAAAAAAGUUGGUUCUAAAGGUGUUCAAGGUUAUAAAACAUUUAAAGAAGUGUUAAGAGAAUCGCAUCAAGAACAUCUUGCUGAAUUCUUGGAUAAACAGGAGAGGAUUUUAGAGAGAGAGAUUCAAAUGGCUGAGAGGGAAAUAGGCAGACAAGCCAGGGUCCAGCAGCUUGUUGCCCCUGCACAGACUGGAAAUAAGAGGAUCCCUGGUGAUAAAGAGUUAGUGUCCAUUUCUGAACACAUUGGAAUGAAUUGGGAAAUGCUGGGACCUUUUCUUGGAGUACCUACACCUACUAUUGACCAGAUUAAGUUAGAUAACCCCAGAACACGAUUGCAAAUAUUCAGACUGUUUUAUGUCUGGCGGGGCAUGAGAGGUUCAGAUGCUACUGUGGAAAAUCUUUUGGCACAGAUGAAAAUGGCUCCUUCAGCUGUCAAUAUUAAUUGGGAUGCUGUGAAUGAAACAGUCAAACGUUAUGGCUCGGAGGAAAGUGUAGUUCUGGGAGGAGCAGACAAAUACGAAUCUGGAAAAGUGUGGGGAAAGAACGAAAUACCAACUCAUCAACCAAUAGUGCAGAAAUUCGGUGUUGGAACAGGGUUAACCUAUGGAGAAAUUCACUUCGAUAAUGCAGUUGUUAAAGAGAUUGAAUUCCACAGUGAAAUGGAAAUAGAUAGCAAUAAGUUAACGACAACUUUAUAUAAGCAAUAUCAUAUCAAAUCAAACGACGUGAAUGUUCGAUUCAGUGACUUAGGAGAUUCAGGGGCUCUGGUAUUUAUGAAAGAUCACUUUGAUCAGGAAGGUGAUUUAAGAUGUAUAGGUAUGUUAGAAGGCGUCUGGAACGACAACACGUGUGUUGUAACACCUAUAACUGCUAUUCUGGAAGAACUGAAGGUAACCCAGCUGAAGUCGUUCAUACCAAUCGUCACUUGGAAAAAAAUUGAUGAACGUCUCAGGGAAAUGGAGGAACGACUAAUGAGGGCAAUUACAAGAGGAAAUACGAAUGAACAGAGCCCUUCUCAGUGA